UAGGAGGUGGAGCUGGAAUACCUCCUCCUCCUCCUCCUGGUGGUGGCAUACCUCCUCCUCCACCAGGACCUCCGGCAGUAGGAGGUGGAGUUCCUCCUCCCCCUCCUCCAGCAAUAGGAGGACCUCCUCCUCCUCCCCCUCCUCCUCCCCCUCCUCCUCCUCCUCCUCCUCUAAGUGCAGGAGGGAAGUCAAUGCCAAACAAAGAGAAUAAAGCUCCUGUUGUUAAAAAGGCUCCACCUGCGCCUCCUAAAAGGACAUCUUCAAGAAAGAGUCGUAGUUCUGAAUUAUAUAGCGAACCACCACCUCCUCCUCCUCCUUUUCCUCAGGAUGUUAAGAAGGCACCUCCCCCAGUGCCAGUUCGCUCUGAAAGCACUCAUUUAUCAUCUCCAACUAAGAGACAGUCGGCCACAAUAUCCUUGGGAUAUGAUCCUAAUCUGACUAACGUAACUGCUCACCCUCCUCCACCUCCUCCUCCUCCUCUUGUACAGCGAAGGUCACAAUCCUCACUCUCUCCUCCUCCUCCUCUGUCACUCAUCACUCAACCUCCCCCUCCUCCUCCUCCUAUAGUGACAGCUCCAGCUCCUCCUAAUGGCCACAAGGAUUACGAUAUACCUUUAACUAAACAGGAGAGGGAAGAGAGAGAUAGGACAGUGCAGGAUCCUUUAUAUGAUGAAUUACAGUUUAAUAAUGAUCAGCAAGGUUCUCGUCCUCAGUCGCUGAUUAGUGUAUCAUCUACUCUCUCCUCAUCAAUCAGCAGCUCCAGAGGAAGCAGGAAAGAUGAAGUUGAGUAUGACGUACCUCGUCCACCAAACUCCACCCUCCCUGCUCCCCCUCCCCCUCCUCCUCUUCCUCCCCCUCGUACCUCAAAGGAAGAGCCAAGCCCCCCUAGUGGUGGAGCUUUGACAAGUGGUCUAAUGAACACAAACGCUUCAUCUUACAGCAGUUUAACUAUAUCUUCAAACAGCUCGGCAGAUAAUCUCGGAGUUUGGGACGACCUUAAUUACGACGACGACGAAGAUGAGUCUAGUGGUACCAACAUAGAGAAUCCUGUUCCAGGUUUGACUGAUCCUAAUUCUGUACUGAAUGAAGAUGACGAAGUGUUGCUUGAUAACUGGAUAAAGGAGUUAGAGUCUGGAGUACAGAGGAUGUCUGGUUUAUUGUCUACUAGUGAAUCACCUCCUCCUCCUCCUCCUCUACCUCCUCCUCCUCCUCGGUCUCAGUCUAAUGUGCCCCCUCCCCCUCCACCACCUAUCAAGCCUCCUUCCCCUAAAGUUGAAACCCCGCCUAUCAAAACGCCUGUCAAUGAAGCCCCACCAACCUCAUUCAAUGCUCAACCUACUUCACCUAAAAUUGGAUCUCCUCCUAAAAUUGAAUUGUCUCCUCCCCCACAAGACCCUGGACUCCGCAUGAAAUCAUUAUCUCCACCUGAAUCGGAUCCAAGUGCAAGCCCUGUUAAAAGGAGGACGACACUAUCAGAGAAGAAAUUGAUGAAUCAAGAUAAAUACUCAUCAUGGAGGGUGUCAAUGUCAGCACUAGCAGGAGCUGAGGAUAGUGACUUAGAUGAUAUUUUAGCUGAUUUGUGUAAACUGGAAGAAGAUACAAAAGCACUUCAACUAGCUGCAGCUGAUAUAUCAUCAACUUCAAAUGACAGCUCAACUGUGAAGAAACCUGCACAGUCCACAAAAGAAGGAACUGUCUCCAGUGAUGAGUUUGUCAAGAUAAUGAUGACACUUCAAAACUCGAGUCAACUUGUUGCUGAUCCAUCAAAGACACUAUCAGCUAAAGCUCAGACAGACUCCAGCACAGCUAUAGCAAAAAGAUCACUUUCACCAGCCUCCUCAGAACAUGAUGUCAGUUCAAAGGAAGAAGCUUCCAAUAGCUCAGAUAUAUUUUCACUUCACAGAUCAAGCAGCAUUUCAGGAGGUACAGUGAGUGGUAAUACAAUGAGACGUGGGACAAUGAGUAGAAGAAGUGCUAAGAAUGUGUACAUGAAUACUACAAUCAUUGAGCCGCCAUCACCUACUCAUGUUGCUUUGAAAAAAGAAUUGGAUGAUUUUGCAGAUAAACUUGUCAUUGAUGAAAGCUUGACAACUGAAGAACAAGCUGCAAAACUCAAAAGUGAAAAGAUUAAGAAAGCAAUGAUGAGAUUGAAGGAAGCCAGCAUGCAAAAGAUUGUAAUCAAGGCUCAUAAUAUUGAUGGGAGUGUAAAGACAGUAGCUAUCACUGAAGGAAUGACUGCUAGAGAUGUGUGCUUCCUUUUAGCUGAGAAGAAUCAUCAAGACCUUGGACCUAAUUGGACUAUUGUAGAGAGAAUACCUGAUUUAUACUUAGAGAGGACACUGGAAGAUCAUGAAGUUGUCAUUGAUGCUGUGUCUCAUUGGCCAAGGGAUCAUAACAAUCAUGUUUUGUUUAAAAAUAAUCCAGAGAAAUAUUACUUGAUUAAAAGACCACAGCUCUUGAUGCCGUCAAAACAUGUUUAUUCGAGUCUCAAUCCUGCAAGAAACAGAGGGAGUUUCACUGAAGAUCAAAAGAGACAAAUUAUUUUAAAAGAAAUAUUUGAGCAGAACAUAAUGCCUCCAAUAGAAGGUGAGCUCUACAUCAGAGAAGGAAAGAAAAGCACCUGGAGAAAGCACAUGUUUGCUUUGAGAGCAUCUGGUCUUUAUUAUUCUAAAAAUGGAAAAUCAAUGGCUAGCAGGGAUUUAGUAAGAAUUAUUGAAUGGAAAGAUGUUGAGUGUUACUAUGGCAAUCAAUACAAGAAGUUUUACAAGGCACCAGGACACUACUGCUUUUCACUGAUGCCUUAUGGGCCUAUAUCUAAAGUAGAAAAGAAGAUCAUUCAUGUUUGCGUGCCAACUAAGCAUGAUCUCAACUGCUGGGUUACCGGGAUAAAACUUGCUAAGCAUGGCAGUCAGUUGAAACAAAAUUAUGAAGACACGAAAGCUGAACUCCCUUGGUUGCAGUUGGAGGAUGAUAAUUUAGAUCAGUUGUUGAUCAGUGCUGGAGGCACUAAAAGAGAGUCUUACUCACCACGAUCAAGAGAUGCAUCCAGUGCUGAGGCUGGCUUAAAGGCAAGUGACGAUGUGUCUAGUUUAGAUGUAUCAGGUAAUAGGAGUGUAUCUGGAAGUGUUAGAGGAAAGAGCUCACAAGAGAAUGAUUUGUCUAGUGGAAGUCUAGGUGGAGCUAGUCAUAUUAUAUCAGGUCCAGUGAUUGGUGCUUCAGUGAGAGGAGGGAGAAGGAACCAAAGCAGCAAUGCACUGGCAUCUGCCUUUAAAGAUGCUUGGAAACAAGGAAACCUGGCUUCAGAAAUGAAACAAGAGGAGACUUGGCCGAUUUUUCAAGCUAAUCAAAAAGCUUCAAACAAUUUUACAAAAGACUCUAGUAAUUCACUGCAACCAGGCACAGCCAGCGGAGAAAGUGAGAGGAUGUUUGAGGAAAUGUCAGGAAUGGUAACAUUGAAACGGAAAGGAAAAGAGAAAGGAGAUCAGAAUCAAUUUGGAAGAAUAACAGAUAAUGAUAACACUGUAUCAAUUAAUAAUAUGUUACAAUAGGUAACAAGUUUCUUUGUAUUUUUUAUUGUCAGUUAUUAUUAUUAUUAUUAUUAUUAUUAUUAAUUAUUAUUAUUAUAGCAUUAAUGUGAAUGUCGUUUCUCACUGUAUUAUGUAGUCAUUUUUAUGGUAAUAAUAAUACUACUACUAUGAUAGUUUGAAUUUUGAA